CACCAUCGUCCGCAUUGUGAUGCAUCUGUCAAACCAGAUGAAAACAUUUGCAAAGUCGCGGCUCGUUCAGCUUAUUUUUCAUUGAAAUUUUCGUAAAUUAUCCCAAAAACUCGUUAUCUACAGCUGAAAUUCAUAGACUAUGACGAAGAAAAAGCCACUGGGAGCUGGUCUGAGCCGCGACGAGCGAAUGCUAAUCGUGGUCGGUGAGAUCAUACAGGAACUGUUGAAGGCGCACCACGAAGGCAAGGAUGUCAACCUGAACCGGCUGAAGACGCGUCUCGCGUCCAACUAUGGCCUGGAGAGUGCUCCCCGGCUGGUGGACAUCAUUGCUGCCGUGCCGCACGAGGCCAAACCCAUCCUGCUGCCGAAGUUGAAGGCGAAACCCAUUCGGACUGCUAGUGGGAUCGCAGUGGUGGCGGUGAUGUGCAAACCGCACCGUUGUCCGCAUAUCAACAUGACCGGAAACAUUUGCGUGUACUGCCCGGGUGGGCCGGAUAGUGACUUCGAGUACUCCACGCAAAGCUACACGGGCUACGAGCCAACCUCGAUGCGGGCAAUUCGAGCUCGCUAUAAUCCCUUCCUCCAAACGAGGCACCGAGUGGAACAGUUGAAACAGCUUGGACACUCGGUGGAUAAGGUGGAAUUCAUCGUGAUGGGAGGUACGUUUAUGUGCCUACCGGAGGAUUAUAGGGAUUAUUUUAUUCGGAAUCUGCACGAUGCAUUGUCCGGACAUACGAGUUCGAGCGUUGAGGAAGCUGUGCGCUAUUCCGAGAAAUCUCACACCAAAUGUAUCGGAAUCACAAUUGAAACUCGACCGGAUUACUGCUUGAAGAGGCAUCUGUCGGAUUUGCUGGCCUACGGUUGCACUCGGCUGGAGAUUGGGGUGCAGUCGGUGUAUGAGGAUGUAGCAAGGGAUACGAAUCGUGGUCAUACGGUGAAGGCGACCUGUGAGAGUUUCCAGAUGUCCAAGGAUGCCGGAUUUAAGGUGGUGUCGCACAUGAUGCCCGAUUUGCCGAACGUUGAUAUUGAAAGGGAUAUCGAACAGUUCAUCGAGUUUUUCGAGAAUCCUGAUUUCCGGGCGGAUGGGCUGAAGAUCUAUCCAACGCUUGUGAUCCGUGGCACAGGAUUGUAUGAGCUGUGGAAGACUGGCCGUUACAAGAGUUACCCUCCCUCAACUUUGGUGGAUUUGGUCGCUAAGAUUCUGGCUUUGGUUCCACCGUGGACACGAGUUUACCGCGUGCAGCGUGAUAUUCCAAUGCCCCUGGUAAGUUCUGGCGUGGAGCAUGGUAAUCUUCGUGAACUCGCACUCGCCCGAAUGAAGGAUUUGGGCACGGACUGUCGAGAUGUGCGAACACGUGAGGUUGGAAUUCAGGAGAUCCACAACAAAGUUCGACCGUACGAGAUUGAGCUGAUUCGACGGGAUUACGUUGCGAAUGGCGGUUGGGAGACUUUCCUGUCAUAUGAAGAUCCCAAACAGGACAUCUUGGUGGGCUUAUUAAGAUUGCGGAAAUGUUCGCCGGAUACGUUCCGGCCGGAGCUGGUGGACAACUGCUCGAUUGUUCGGGAACUGCACGUUUACGGGUCGGUUGUGCCGGUAAACGCGAGAGAUCCCACUAAAUUUCAACAUCAGGGAUUUGGAAUGCUAUUGAUGGAAGAAGCUGAGCGAAUCGCUCGGGAAGAGCACGGAAGUCGGAAGCUAGCCGUGAUCUCCGGUGUUGGAACGAGAAACUACUAUCGCAAAAUGGGGUAUGAGCUGGAUGGACCCUACAUGUCCAAAAUGCUGAUCUAAGGUAAGUGAUAAGAAUACAUUGAGUUGUUUAAAAUGGGAAAUAUAAUCAAAAAACUUAA